GCGUUUCCAAUCAAUGAGAUUCUUUAGUGGAGGGCAGCUUCGGAAUCCGCUAAAACUGACUUGGCCGAGGCUUUUGGACGGGAAAGUUCAGGGUCGUCUUUGGUUUUGGCGGGGGAGGGGAGAGAUUGCAUAUGACGGAAUCUCGAGAAACGUCUUAAAACUGUUCAAACCUAUUCCCUUAUUACUCGGUCUUACACUGUAAUCACAACUACAACCACAAUAAUGGCUGGAAAGUUUGAACCUAAGGUUCCUGUGAACCUCGAUCCCCCAAAGGACGACAUCAUCUCUCGAGAAGAGCUCGCUAAAGCCAACGGUGCGGAUGGAAACAAGUGUUACGUAGCCAUCAAGGGCAAGGUUUACGACGUUACCGGAAACAAGGCCUACCUUCCUGGAGCUUCCUACAACGUCUUUGCCGGUAAGGAUGCCUCGAGAGCUCUCGGCAAGACUUCGACCAAGCCAGAGGACGCACGACCAGAGUGGCAGGAUUUGGAUGAGAAGGAAAAAGGCGUGUUGAAUGACUGGGUCACUUUCUUUUCAAAGCGGUACAACGUCGUUGGUGUUGUUGAAGGUGCUACGAACUUGGACUGACUAGCUGAGUGCCCUCCGAGUACUCAAGUCAAGUUAUAAAAGCUCCAUCUUCAUUCCAAUCUAUUCUUUUUGUGGACAAUAAGCAGUUAUUCGAAUUUCUGAUUCUCCGCCGCCAUGAGCCCAUGGAAGCUCCAAGGAUCUAUGCAGUAUCUCGCUCAACGACUGGUCCUGUACUUUGGCCGAUAUGCUGAGAGACUGUCUCAAGACCGAUGACACAAACGCUCACUUCUCUCGCUCAAGCUACAGUAUGCCCUUGUAUACUAAAUCGAGACAAACCUGAUCUUGGGCAGUAGAUCCUCCGCUUUAAGUCCACCCCCUUACCGCUUUCAUGUUUUGUCAACUUAGUACUCUCACACAAACAGCGUUACACAAAACGGGCCCGCAGCGCUUCUAUCUUAAUAUUUACCAUUUCGACCCAUCCUUCCGUCUGUGGCGCUGUUUGGGGCCGGUUUGUAGCCUGUCUCUGGUCGGAGAAAAGCCAGGGGUGGCAUCCACGCAUGACAACCCAGUUUCACACGAGUGUUGGUUUCUGGACAGAUAGACUUGGACAGCGAAGAUUGAGCACGAAGUGUCACAUAUGAGAUCUUUGGUGACCAAACAGAGGUUAAUGCAUGCUUGAUUUACACGUGUGCUGUGCCUAUAACUACCUCGGCAGUGAUUUCUACUCCUGUAUACGAACUGAUUGACAAAAAUAGAGGCAAUGGCGUUUAAGAACCCCACAUUCACAGAGGGGGAUGAACAAGAUGAAAUUCUUAGCCAACAGCACUCGUAAAACAUUGAUAACCCAAAACUCAUAACUGAUCGAAAGCCUUCAAACUUAUCCGGCAUGUCUUUGCAAAGACUGUUCCUGAUCGUAGUUAUGCUGUGUCUGAGAUUCACUUGCCCGGCAAGCGAUAGCACAGUUGUCACAAGGAACGCAUUGUCUCCAUGACUUGCGAAGGACCUUGACGCCAAAACAUUGAUGAUUAGGGUCGUUGCGAGCAAAGUGGCAGUAUGACUUGAGGCGGAGGGUCGAGUGAUUGCAUGCGAAGAGAAACUCUUCCCAAUCGCACAUUUUUGUUGUUGUGGCAAUUGCCUUUGCCUUGACUGAUCCUGAUGUGAUUAAGUUAUUUAGGCGAGCUUCGAUAUUAGGCAGUUAAUACUUACGAGAGCUUCCUGAGUCGCAGCAAGGAGUCUGAAUUGUGAGGUUCAACGUAUGAGUAAGUGAUUAAUAAACUGAAUCCGUAGAUGGCAGCGAACAGACUUAGUGAUAACGACUGAUCAGUGGCAAAGGCUGCACGCUUUAUAGUAAGAGAGCCGACGCCGGCUUCAGAGUUCCUUCAUUGAAGUAUACUCUCUUAUCGUUUCCUCGUUUCCCCGGUUCCUGGAUCAUCCAGCUGUCGGGCAAGAUACAAGGGUUCUAGUCUUCAUCAUCCAAUCGACUUCCAAAAUAUUUAAGGAAUCGACCUAUGUGAUGGACUAUCUGCAACCCAGGAUAAUAUUAGCUGCACAUUUUCCUUGCAGCGCUGAAAAGAGCUGGCUGCAGAGACAAAAAGUGAUUAUCCGAACGAGGGGUCAGUGAGGAUUCGAGUCUCGUGUUACCCAGUGUGUCUCAUGGGAGUUUGUUGGCGGAGUUUUCACCGCGUUUCUUCUGUUUCUUCUUUUUUUUAAUAUUUAAAUUGAGCUGGAGAGCUUCUUUGGCAUUAGCUGGAGUGUCGUAUCAAUAAAGAAGCACCGCAAUCUAAACAUCGAACGAGAACCCGAAUGUCACCUCUCACUUGAGAGUCGUGGGGUGUUGGAGUUUCGAAUUGACCGAGGAUUCAAGUUGAGAGGGACGGGCAAAUGUAAUAGCCACUGGUGGUGCUGUUGUCUUUCUCAACCCAACGGGUCUCGACAUGAGCUGAAGUAUGGUCGACGAUCCUCGCGCGAUAUACAUUCAUCCUCCAACAGGUUAUUACCGCCACUUACAUUUGAGCCAGAUUAUGAACAGAUAUCUUGAAUCGUUUUCGUUCAGCCACAUUCGGCCUCGAGGAUUUUGAUCCAGGAUAAAGAGUGGGAUUUUCGGCAAGAUGCAGAUAUUACCAAGGCUAAUGAAGAACCGCACGAAUGCAUGUGGCCAAAUCGAGCUGGAUCAAAAGAAGUAGAUGAGAGAAGAGACAACGGACCACAUCGUCAGGUUACGAAGAAUGGUGCUAUCCAGAGGCAGAUAAAGGCGUGCACCAGGUGCUAUUGGGUAUUCUAGGGACUGUCCUAGAGAGAUAUAUGAUUAUGAUAAGCUGAGUAUUCCAUAAUAGAAUAUAUCAACAAUUGAGAAUAAUUAUCAUGGUUUUGAUGUGAAAAAGAGCUUGGCGCACUUGCAAAAAGGGGUGUUUUCCGUAGGCUGACUAUGAGCAACAACAUGCAUCUGAGAAUCAAUGCUGUGCUGGGAAACUGUAGCGGCUGAGCUUUUAUUCUUUGAUUUUUUUUUGGGUGAGUCAGGACAGUCAGUCGUAUAGUAAGCCGUAUGCUCUAAUUGUUGAUGAUGAUACAAAAUGACGGCAAUAGUCGUGAUCGUUUGUUUAGUCCUGAUGAUCGUGGGUGACACGGUAAGUAAACAGAUACUGGUUCGAAGCGCCAAAUUGUGAAAAAGAACACCGAAUGGUCUUAUACGGAGAUGUUCUAGUCAUAUGCUGGUGACGUAUC